AAAGAGUGAGCCAAAUGCAAUCUCCAAGUCAUCAACAAUCUCAUCCCCUUUGCUGCAAAAAACAGUAAACACUUUCAUUUACUAACACAACUAAUUAUUUUGUCUAUGCAUUCAUAUUCACCAAUCUCAUCUCAGGUGGCAUUCAAGAAACAAGAAAAUUCUCAUAUUUUCGGGGAUAUAACUUGGAUUUUCCCUUCAAAAUGUAACAGGAUAUACUCUUGGAUCGAUACAGAUAAAUGCAUGUGUGACGGGAUAAUCUUUUCCGUGAGAGCGCAUCUUGAGUUUUUGUAAAUAAGCCUUGUUUCUCAGAAUCCAUUGAACUAUCGAAAAGUUUGAGCUAUUCCUCACCAAUUUUCUCUUAAGCUUUGAAGUUUGUCGGCUUAUUUAUUUCAUCUACUGUAUAGAAACCGAUAUAGUCUCUAUCCCUUCUAAUUAUCGGAUAGCAUUGACUCUACACGUUCUUGCGCAUUCUCCUUCACCACAUGAAAAUCGCCAUUGUCUUCCAUAAAAUAUAUGCCACUUUUACGUAACCUAGUGUAGAUACAAGAAAAACAAUGAAUCAAUUUUCAUUUACUUCUCCUUCGAGUUCUAAUUUCACUCUCUUCUAUCAUUCUCAGAAUCAGAAUCCCUCAAAGUUUCAUGUUUUCUCUCCCUUUAGAACAUCCCAACCAUCGCCUUCUCAUCCUAUUUUACCUCCCUUAUGUUCCCGUGAGCUGUCUUCCUCAUCACCUCUUCUUGAAGAAAAGCCAGAACCAUCACAAUCUUCUUCUAAGUUUGAUCCUCAAGAUAGACUUUACAAUGAUGAAGUUGCUGAUGAGAUCAGUACUACGAAGAAGUCCUUGGAAGAGUUACUUGUUGUUCGUAGGCCGGUGAAGGAACCAUACGGGGAAGAUGGUGAUGAGAAAGGGGAAGAGAUUAGUGAAGUUGAGGAUUCUCAAGAAAGAAACGAUCUCCAGGAAGAGCAACUGUCUUCCUUGUCAUUUCCACUUGAUGCUGGCCUUAAGAAAUUUGCAAAAAAAGUGCCAAUUUUUGAGCCAAGCAGGCUGGAAUCUGGUUCUGCGGAGAAGCCUCUUAAAGUCAAUUUAGACUUGGCUCUGUAUAAGGCAAAGAUUUUGGCUCGAAAGUUUCAGUACGCAGAUGCAGAGAAAAUCUUGGAGCAGUGUAUUGAUGUCUGGCCAGAAGAUGGGAGAUCAUAUGUUGCUUUGGGAAAGAUUUUGAGUAAGCAAUCAAAACUAAAUGAAGCCAGAGCUGUUUAUGAGAAAGGCUGCCAGGCAACACAAGGAGAAAAUCCUUACAUUUGGCAGUGCUGGGCUAUUCUGGAAAAUAGGAUGGGUAAUUUACGGAGAGCUAGAGAACUUUUUGAUGCUGCAACAGUCGCUGACAAGAAGCACAUUGCAGCCUGGCAUGGAUGGGCAGUUUUAGAGCUGCAGCAAGGGAAUAUAAAGAAGGCAAGAAAUCUUCUUGGCAAAGGCCUCAAGUUUUGUGGAGGUAAUGAGUAUGUGUACCAAACUCUUGCACUCCUCGAAGCUAAAGCCAAACGAUAUGAAAGAGCCCGCUAUUUGUUCAAGCAAGCAACAAGAUGUAACCGAAAAAGUUGUGCUAGUUGGCUGGCAUGGGCUCAAUUAGAGGCUCAGUUAGAGAAUAACCGUGCUGCUAGGCAGCUGUUUGAGAAAGCAGUUCAGGCCAGUCCGAAAAAUAGGUUUGCGUGGCAUGUGUGGGGAGUUUUUGAAGCUAAUCUAGGAAACAUUAACCAAGGACGGAAACUUCUAACAAUAGGACACAUGGUGAAUCCUAGAGAUCCUGUUCUCCUCCAGUCACUUGCUUUAAUAGAGUAUAAGAACUCCACUGCAAACCUCGCGCGAGUUUUAUUCCGGAGGGCAUCUCAACUGGAUCCAAGGCAUCAACCAGUUUGGAUUGCUUGGGGUUGGAUGGAGUGGAAAGAAGGAAACAUUUCCACUGCUCGGGAACUAUACCAGAAAGCUCUAUCCAUCAACGCAACAACUGAAAGUGCUGCACGCUGUCUCCAGGCUUGGGGUGUUUUGGAGCAAAGAGCUGGAAAUCUAUCAGCUGCUCGAAGAUUAUUUAGAUCGUCUCUGAACAUCAACUCCCAGAGCUAUAUAACAUGGAUGACAUGGGCAAAUUUGGAGGAAGACCAAGGUAACUCUGUCCGUGCAGAGGAAAUUCGUAACCUCUACUUUCAACAGCGUACUGAAGUUGUCGAUGAUGAGUCAUGGAUUAUGGGCUUCUUAGAUGUCUUUGAUCCGGCGAUUGAUAGCAUAAAGAGGCUCUUGAAUUUAGAUCAAAACUCUUAUUACAAGGUAAAGGAGUCUACUUCUGAUACUAUUUCUGGAGACGAUGCUGAGAGGAGCACGGAAGAAUCAGCUGGCCCCUCCUCAGGUAACGUCAAUGAUAAUAACAUAGAUGCAGGAAGCGGCUUUGAUUUAGAUGAUUUUAUCUGCGUAAUGUUGUCUUUGGACCCUUCAAAACUGGAAGUUCAGCUUGCAACAUCUCUGAAAGACCCUCCGAACAUUGCCAGAACAACUAGUGGGGUGUGGAGACCAUCGACAAAAACUAGUCGAACAUCAUCAAUAAAACUUUGAUCUUGCAACAACGUGGGGUGGCCUGAGGACGAGGGUGAUGUGUACGGAGCCUUACCCCCAGGCAGAGACGUUUCCAAUAAACCCUUGGUCAAGUGAUUUUAUGAAGUGUAAUUAUUCAAUGUACCUUCUUUAGUGGGGAAUUGCAACAUUCAUUAGUAUUGUCAAUUGAAAAAGUCUUGGCCACAUUUUGUAAAUUAGUUAGGAAGAUUAAGAAGAAAUGUAUAAUUUCACAAUCAAAUUACCUAGAAAUACAUGCAUCUACACUAUAUUAUGAAAAACAUUGUAUAAUAUCACUGUGAUAAAUGCAAUUCACUGCAUCUUCCUUGGCAA